AUGGAGAAAAGCGGAGAACAAGAAAGUUAUCCUGUAUUAAAGUAUGAAAAGAAUAGUGACAGUGAUGCUAACAGUGAGGACCUUAAUUCUAAUGAUGAACAAAACAAUAUCAAUAGUAACAACUCUCAGUUUUAUGAGAGCAGUGAUAGCAAAAUAGAUUAUGCUGUAAAAAUAGAUGACAAUGAUACUUUAAGUGAUAUAGAUGAUAUUAAAACAGAUACUGCCUCAGCCGACAGUGAAGAUUCUGCCCUUGGCAGUUUGCCCCCAGAUAGUGCUCCUAAUGAUGGAGAAGAAGAAGCACAGGAUAGAUCAGAUGGAAGUGACUCAGGUCUUGGAACAGAAAAUAAUGAAAAUGCUGAGUUGCCUAAUUUUAACUUAGUACUUCCUUGUACCAGUGGCUUGAAUAAUUCGAAUAUUUCUGACUCUGAGUACAGUGGUUCUGAAUUUAAUAAUGAUUUCAGUGGCUAUAAUUGUAAUAGUGAAAUUGUAAAACCCCACAAAAGCAACCUUAAACGAAAAUUUGAAGAAAGUGAUAAUGAUUCUCCACGUAAUAAGAAACCAAAGCAUAGCAUACAUUUCGAAAAUGUAACAGUUUUUUAUUUUCCAAGAGCACAAGGUUUUACAUGUGUACCAUCACAAGGUGGCUCUACUUUGGGAAUGGAAUGGGAACAUACCCAUGUACAAAAAUUUACAUUAGCAGAACAUGCAUUAGAGCAAAGAAGGUUACAUAAACAAAUUUUACAACAGAUAAAAAAUGAACGUCAUAAUUUACAAGGAGUGACUCUUUCAUCAAGUGAAGAAAGUGAUACAGAAGAUGAGACAAGUGACAUUUCUGAAUCUGAGUUAGAUCUAGACAGUUAUUAUUUCUUGCAACCUGUACCUACAAGGCAAAGAAGAGCUCUGUUACGUGCUGCUGGUGUAAGAAAAAUUGAAGCUUAUGAAAAAGAUGAAUGUAGAGACAUAAGAACGUCGCGUGAGUUUUGUGGCUGCGCUUGCAAAGGAUCAUGCAACCCAGAGAAUUGCUCAUGUAGUUUAGCUGGUAUAAAAUGUCAAGUGGAUAGAUUGAACUUUCCUUGUGGAUGUACCAGAGAUGGCUGUCAUAACUCCACUGGUAGAAUUGAAUUUAACCCCAUUAGAGUAAGAACUCAUUUUAUCAAUACACUUAUGAGAUUAGGCCUUGAAAAGAAAAAUGAAGAGAAUCAAGAAGCUGCCAAAAGACAAUGGGUAGAAGUCCACAACGCAAGUACCUCAAGUUGUCUGAAUUCCUCCUAUGAGAGUGAGCGUUGUCUUAGCCAUGAAGAUGGACUAUUACGUGAUGUCAAUCUCACACCCAGAGUGGAAGUGGAAUCAUGUGUCAAUUCUGGCAGCUUUAACAAUGUACACUGUGACAUAAAUGCAAAAGAUGAUGUUACAUAUGGAUAUAGAAAUACUACUACUGCAAAUCAUGAUUGCCUAAAUGAAACUGUUAUGGGGCAAUUUGAAAAUAAACCUAAUCUCCAUCACACUCCUUACACAUCGGGUAUAAUCCAAGGUAAAGGCCCACCUUUUUCAACACCCAGCACCAUGGCAUUUAAUACAAUGUCUAGCAAUAUGCAAGGUUUUCAAUGUGAUCUCAAUUAUAUUUAUGAACAGCAUGCUGAAAAUCACCAUUUUAAAAGUCUGCCAAGUUUUUCUGCAUCUAGUUUUGAAGAAUUUGCUCAUAACUCCCAAAUGUCUAUGUACAAUCAUUAUGGACAUCUAUACAUGCCGGAUUAUAUGCAUAAACCAAACACAAGCAUAUCUGAGCAUACAACUUCUAUACCAUACCAUGUGAUGGCACAGAAUCAUUAUGAAAUUUAUAAUAAAAAUCAUGUUGAAUGCGUAAAUGUGGAUAGUAAAACUGGAUCACAUUAUACAACAUUAAUGACAUCAUAUCAGAAUGGCAAUAAGCUGCAAACGUUAGACAAUGAUGAGAAUUGGUUUAGUCACAAAACUUUAAUAAAUUUGGACCACUGUGAUCACACCACCCAGGACAGUAUAGAUGUCCAGCCAGCCCUAGUAGAGGCUGCAGGUGAAAAUGACACGGCUGAAACAACAGAGAAUUUUGGAGAACUUAUAAAGAAAACCAUGGUAGAGUCUGUUACUGUGUAG